GCUAAUCCAUGCAGCCGUUUGCUUCACACCAGGGGGAAAUAUGUCUCACCUGAUCAUUUGGCUGACAGUGUCAGGUUGCAUUACUUUGUGUUUAUCUAGUUAUACUUCCCGUAAGUAUUACCUGAUAGAUGAUAGAAAGAACUGGACAGAUGCUCAAAGGUACUGCAGGGAAAAGUUUGAUGAUCUUGCUGUGAUUGCAAGUCAAGACGACCUCGAUGUAAUGGUAAAUCUGACAAAUGCGAGGGGUGUGACAGCAGAGAUUUGGGUCGGUUUGAGAAAAACUGGGCCUCCAUCUUGGCUGUGGUCUGCUGGAGAGACUCAGAGCGGCCCUGGAUCAGUCGACUGGACAAACUGGGCUACAAUACCCCUUUCCACUGAAAACUGUGGAGGAAUGCUGGCUGAUGGGAAAUGGUUCGGUACAUCCUGUGAAACAACACACCCUUUCGUAUGUGAGGAAGACAGUGGGUCCAUGGAGGUGUACAUUGAAGGGAAAACUUGGAAAAAUGCCCAAGAUCACUGUCGACAGCUAAAAAAAGACUUGGCUGAAGCAAGGAAUGCCGAGCAGAACCUGGCCCUACAGCAAAAACUUAGCAGCUCAUCAGCGGCCUCUGUCUGGAUCGGUUUGUUCAGAGAUGAGUGGAAAUGGUCAGACCAGAGUCCAAGUUCUUUCAGACACUGGGAAAGUUCUCAGCCAAACAAUGAUGGCAACUGCACGCUGUACUACCCUUCUGGAAAGAGCUUCUACGACAGAGGUUGUGCUCAAAACUCUAUCUUUUACUGUUACAGAAAGGAGAAAACAGCAGAGCAGUUCUUUAAAGUGGAAAUCAUGUCAUCUGGAAAUUUGAAUGAUAGUACUGUAUGGAAUGCCAUUUUGAAUGAACUCAAUGCAAAAUAUGAGGGUGUCAAAUUUCAGUGGAAACUCCAGCCAGAUGGAAAGAUUUUCCACAAAAAGAAGAAGAAAGCCGAUGACGCCCGAUGAAAAAAAAAAAAGUUUGGUCAUCCACCGCCUGAUGGAAAACAUGGUGCCAGUGGAUAAAGGGACCUCCUGGCUGUGAGGCACAACUGUCACUGCAAAGUCCAUUUAACAUCACUCCCUUUUUUCACAGCCAAUAUUUACAUACUAACUGUUAAUUUAGUAGCAAAAAGUUGAUUAAGGGUUUAUGUUGCAUUUUCAUUAAUGUAGUUGUGGACCUUUUCUUUUUCCCUCUUUCUUAAAAUGUGGAUCUUGUUGAUCCUAAAGUGUUGAUCUUUUUGUUUAACUUGAGCAUAACAUUAAAUGUGGCAUCUUUCCAGGCAUUGGAAUAAAAAGCUUAAGAAAUGGA